AAAACAAAAUAUUGGACACAAACAAAAUGGCAGCGCCCAUUAGAACAUGUUAUCUAUUCGGACUUUACGCAAGUUUAUUGAAAAAUAAUUUGCGUCAUUAUGCCCGAAGACGUAAAGUUGAUACACGAAUUAAAAUAUCUCCAUCAGAGGAUGUUUUAAGACUUAAGAAUUUAAGCAAGAUCGAAAAUCCAAAGAAAAACGCGUUUGUAACAUAUAACCCUAAUGAUCCUGUCCAGAGAAGCAUAUUGGAAUUUGCUGGUCAGCCAAAGAAAAAUGUUCAAUCAUUGAAAGAACAUAAGCAAGACAGCCUAUUGCAACAUUAUACACAAAAGGAUUUGUCUAAAGCUUCAGCAACAUUAAAUCAACAGACUGAUAGUGAUAUGAAGUUCCAGAAAGGUUCAAAAUAUGAAACCCGCCUGAACCCCAUUAAAACAAUCAAAACUGAUUUAGGUGAAAGUACUCAAAAAAAAAAAAACCUUAAAGUUGACAAACAUGUUAAUGCUCAAAAGCUAAAUGAAACACUUAAUCAAAGUACACAUAAAAUGAUACAAAAAGGUUCAAAAUCUGAAGCCGGCAUGAACCCCAUUAAAACAAUGACAACAGAUUUAGGUGUAGCUACUCGGAAGAAGAAAGACUUUGAAGGUGUGAAACAAGUAAAUGCUCAAAAACUAAAAGAAACACGUCCUAAAAAGGUGGCUUUAAAUGAAGAAAACCUUAUAAAAUUUACCUGGCUGGAAAAAGGUGACAAAACUUUAAGUAGUCUUUUGGUGCACGCCAAAUCAAAGCAAGGCAGAGAACAAGGUGAAAUAGUGAUAGAAGGCAAAAAGACAGUUUUGCAGGCCCUAUCCCUUGGGUUGAAAAUUAAAUGCUUGUUCUUUAGUGGCAUUGAUAAAUUAGAUUUCUUGAAUCAUGUGGAUUUCAAGGAUGUGUCUGUUUAUAAGACAAGCUUUAAAAACUUGCGGGUAUGGACUGAACUGUCAGAACCAGAGGGUUUCAUAGGAAUAUUUCAGAAACCCAAAGAUGGCGAAGUUCUCCAACCAUUAAAGACUGUACAUCCAGUAACACUUAUCUGUGACAGAGUCAUGGACCCUGCUCGCCUAACAGCGUUAUUGAAGGAAGCAGUAUCAACUGGAUGUGAUCAAUUCAUUACAAUCAAAGGCAGUUACAAUGUGUGGCAUGCAUCCAUCUUAAUGAACUCGGAGUUGGGAGCUCUGAAGGUUCCAACAUUCUGUGACGUACCAUGGACAAAACUUACAGCCUUACUGCCGACCACGACUAACCUUCAGGUCUUCAUCACUGAUACCAAGACCCUGAAUGAAGAUGAACAAAAUUUUCUUAAAGGCAACAUUGCGGUGGUUGAUAGGAUUGAAGAGUUAACAGAAAGAGAAAUGGAAUUGUCAGAUAAUGAACUUGAAGAUGAAUCAGAAAAUGACGAAGAGGAUGAUCACUAUAUUCCUGAGCCUUUACAAGAAAAGAAAAGACCAUUUAAAGUAUUAAGACAGUCAAGUAUAUUGGAUGAUUUACCCGAGGAUUCCUCCUUCUCUGAUAAGAAAAUUAUGAAUCUGUAUAAACAAGCACCUUUAAACAUUAUUGAAAGGAGUGAAAUGAAAGUAUCAGAUGGCAAGCAUGUAGUUUUAAUCGUUUGUGGGGAAAAUGGGGUAACAAAGGAAGCGCGGAAAUUUGUGUACGACAUGUAUGGGGAGUACGUGGAGCAUUCUGAAUUGGAUGUCAGUGCAGGCCAGACUGGACAUUCAACGCUUUUGGACAUUGUGGAACAGAUGAAGAAUGAGGACUAACCAUGUAUUCAUCUUGGAAAUCAGCCAUAGAUUGAUUGACAGGCUUACUUUUCCUUAGCAAAAUUAGCAUGUGACUUUAUUUGGACCCAAUCUGUUAGGUUAUAAUAAUUACAAAUAUCCCAUACAAAUAACCGAUCAAGCGUGAUAAUAUGCGUAUUGAUAAUAUAUUACAAUAAAAUAUAUACAAAUCUU